AUGAGCGCUCGCGUACUGCGUCGAGCCUCGUGGAUCACCGGACGAGAGCGAUGGUGGUCCACUGCAGCCACCUCAGCCCGUGUCUUGACCGCACUAUCCACAGAAGCGAAACAGUCUUGGCCUCAGCGCAAGUGCGCUAUCUAUCGCCUCGGACGCGUCGAGUAUGAGACUGCGUGGGCCUGGCAGAAGCAGCUCAUCCAGCAGCGCGUCGUGGCCAUGCGUGCUGGACAGUCGGUCGACAAGGACGUGGUGCUUGUGGUGGAGCAUCCGAGUGUAUACACUAUCGGCCGAAGUGGUUCGAUGGACAACAUCAAGUUCGACCUGGAGAAGGAGCACGUCAAGUUGGUACGCGUCGAUCGCGGCGGUGAAGUGACGUACCACGGACCUGGUCAGGUCGUAGUAUACCCAAUCUUGGACUUGACUCAUCACAAGAAGGAUCUGCAUUGGUACCUCCGUCAAGUCGAGGAGGUGGUGAUUCGUACGCUGGCCAAGUUUGACAUCCAGGGAGAACGUGUUGAUGGACUUACGGGCGUCUGGGUGGAGAAAAAGCUGGACUCUGGUGACGAGAGACGAGCUGAUGGGCUCCGUGAGCGAGCAAUGUGCAAGAUCUGUGCAGUCGGUACGCAUGCAAGUCGCUGGAUAACGAUGCACGGCUUUGCACUGAAUGUCAAGACGGACCUGCGCGGAUUUGACCGAAUCAUUCCUUGUGGUAUCGGUGACCGUGCCGUGACAAGUAUCGAGCACAUUCGUCCGGACGUGACGAUUGAAGAUGUACAAGGUGCUGCUAUUGAAGCCAUCGGCGAGGUUUUCCAUCUUGACAUGGAAGACGUCGACGCCAAGUCGCCACUAUAG